AUGAUGAAACGGUGGUUGAAGAAAAACCUCAGUAUUUCCCGCCGCAACAAGUCCGAGCCGCAUCAUAUCGAGAGUCAACCCAACGAGUCUGUAGGAUCCGCAUCAGUUCCAAUCGCCGCAGUCACGCUGCCCAAUGCAGUCGACGCUCAGGACACUUCCCUGUCCGAAAACCUAUGGAAGUCUGCCUAUGAUGAGCUGAAACCAGAGGAGCAAGUUAUUCUGUCCCUAGCACAAGCCAGUACUGAAUCAGAAAAGGAGGAAAGUGUCUCCCGGGCCGGACACAUUGUUGAUAAGGUUAUCCAAAUAACCGAGAAACAAUACAAGGAAUACCAGCAAGGGGGCCUUAAAAUCCAUCGGCCAACAGGAAAAGAUAUAGAUUUUCGAAAGGUGUCACGAAAAAUACUUAAUGCUGCAUUGUCAUUCAAAGAUGUUAUUACUGCCGUUGUAGCCUUUGAUCCUACCCACCAUGCAGCAAGUGCGUGGGCAGUCGUUUCCCUUGGAUUGACAAUAGCGCAAAAUCGACUUGACUUGCGAGAUGCUUUAUUUGAAUCGUCUGAAUACCUUGCAGACACUAUUACUCGAUGCACCUAUAUUGAGCAGAGGUUUUACCGCAAUAGCUCCAAGGAAAAGAUUGAGAUAGGCCGUGCGACAAUCAGGGUUUAUACGGCCAUUCUUCGAUAUGCAGCAGAGCUUUUGGCUACCCAACAACCCAGCAUCGGAAAAAGAGUGUUGAUUAGUGUCAUACCGCUAACUGAUCAACGCCUCACCGGACUUCGAUCGUCUAUUGAGGAAGAAUGGCAGAAGCUAUACCAGUGGGUCCAUUUUGACGCAUUAGAUACCCUUUUGCAAAAUGGGAAAGAAGCAGAGUCUCGGCUAGCUAGGAUCGAUGAGGAAGUAUCAGAAUAUCUACAAGCUCUUAUCAAGAGGUUUAGUCUGCCUAUCGUGGAAGGAGCAUCAUACGACUCAUAUGAGAAUCAGUAUGGAGAGAAAUGCCUUCCGGGUACCAGAAGUGAUCUUCUUCGCCAGAUUAUAGACUGGGCCGUAACAUCAGACAAAUGCAUGUUUUGGUUAAAUGGUAUGGCAGGAACUGGCAAGUCUACCAUCUCCCGGACAGUCGCAGAGUCACUUAAAGAGAAGGGACUACUAGGGGGUAGUUUCUUCUUCAAAAGAGGCGAAGCGGACCGUGGUAACGCAAGGAGAUUCAUCUCGACAAUAGCCAGGCAAUUAAUGGCCAGUCACCCGCAUUUAGCCUCUGGCAUGUUAGGAGCAAUUCGGAAUGAUACAGAUUUGUCAACAAAAGCUCUCGAUCAGCAAUUUGAUAAGCUCCUUUUUCAACCACUGAGCGAGGGAAAGCAGUAUGAGACUACUUCUGUAAUUGUGAUAGAUGCAUUGGACGAGUGCGAAGAUAACGAUAUUGAAAUUUUACUCAGGCUUUUACCGCAGCUGCAGAAAUCCAAGUCCAUUCGUCUGCGGAUUUUCCUGACAAGCCGGCCUGAGCUUUCAAUCCGUGAUGGCUUCGAACGAAACCGGGAUCAUUCAGAUAUCGUUCUCCAAGAAGUGCCCGGUAUUGAACAUGACAUCCGCGUCUUCUUGCGACACCGAUUUUCUCAUAUUAAGGAAAAGCGGAAAGUCCCUGGAGAUUGGCCUGGAUAUAAGACAACGGAGGCAUUAGUAAAAAUGACUGUCCCUUUAUUCAUUUUUGCAGCGACAAUUUGCCGUUUUGUCGAAGAGAAAUAUCAGGUCCCGGAGCAUCAGCUUAAGAUAGUCCUGGAAAACCCGGAUAUAACGUCAUCAUCCCAGAUGGAAAGGAUAUAUCUGCCAAUAUUAAAGCACCGUGUUGAGAGCUCUCCAGUCCUCAAGCAUGAAUUCCGUAACAUAGUUGGAACUAUCAUUUUUCUUGCUGAUCCGCUCUCAGUCAAUAGCCUUUCUGGGCUUAUUGGUAUGGAAGAAAGAAGACUUAUGGCUCUAUUGGACGCAUUUCACUCGGUUCUUAAAGUCCCAGGGGAUUAUCAUACACCAGUCCGCAUUCUGCAUCUAUCAUUUCGAGAAUUCCUCGUCAGCACACAGGACGAAGACUUACGUGUCGAUAAAGUAAAGAUACACGAAAGGCUACUACAGAGUUGUCUGCAGGUCAUGAAAGAUCCUAGCUUGGGGUUAACGCGCAAUAUCUGUCGAUUAUCAAGUUAUGGUAUACUACGGGAAGACGUUGACAGUUAUGCGAUUUCUCAGUACAUUUCGCAAAUUCUGCGAUACUCUUGCCGCUACUGGGCGUUUCACUUCAGGAAAAGUGAAUCUGAUGCGUGUGAGAUCGAAAUAUUCUCAUUUCUGAAAGAGUAUUUCCUCCAUUGGUUGGAGGCUAUGAGCUUAAUGGGACUUGCCUCGGAGACUAUUGGUAUAAUUAAUGCACUACAGUCAAGGUCAAGGAAUAAUAUGAGCACAGAAUUAGAAGGCUUCCUAAAGGAUGCUAACCGAUUUGUCUUAAAACAUAUCCAGAUGAUCGACAAUACCCCACUUCAAGUAUAUUGCUCUGGACUCGCGUUCUCUCCUACAGACAGUAUUAUUAGAAGAAUCUUCAACAAUCAACGACCUAAUUGGAUGCCUGCGUUGCCGCAAGUGCAGAAGUCAUGGAGCGCCCAGUUGCAAACCCUCGAGGGCCAUUCCGCUUCGGUGAACUCAGUGGCCUUUUCGCCGGACGGCCGGAGGAUCGUGUCAGGAUCUGGUGACAAGACCAUCAAGCUCUGGGAUGCUCAGACCGGCUCAGAGCUGCGAACCCUGGAAGGCCAUUCCAGUUGGGUUUUCUCAGUGGCCUUCUCACCGGACGGCCAGAGGAUCGUGUCAGGAUCUGGUGACAAGACUAUCAAGCUCUGGGAUGCUCAGACCGGCUCGGAGCUGCGAACCCUGGAGGGCCAUUCCGUGGCCUUCUCACCGGACGGCCAGAGGAUUGUGUCAGGAUCUGGUGACAAGACCAUCAAGCUCUGGGAUGCUCAGACCGGCUCGGAGCUGCAAGCCCUCGAAGGCCAUUCUAGUUCAGUUUUGUCAGUGGCUUUCUCGCCGGACGGCCAGAGGAUCGUGUCAGGAUCUGGUGAUGACACUAUCAAGCUCUGGGAUGCUCAGACCGGCUUAGAGCUGCGAACCCUGGAAGGCCAUUCCGCUUCAGUGAACUCAGUGGCCUUCUCACCGGACGGCCAGAAGAUCGUGUCAGGAUCUGGUGAUGAUACCAUCAAGCUCUGGGAUGCUCAGACCGGCUCGGAGCUGCGAACCCUGAAAGGCCAUUCCAGUUGGGUUUUCUCAGUGGCCUUCUCGCCGGACGGCCAGAGGAUCGUGUCAGGAUCUCGCGACAAAGCCAUCAAGCUCUGGGAUGCUCAGACCGGCUCAGAGCUGCAAACCCUGAAAGGCCAUUCCAGUUGGGUAAACUCAGUGGCCUUCUUACCGGACGGCCGGAGGAUCGUGUCAGGAUCUGGUGACAAGACCAUCAAGCUCUGGGAUGCUCAGACCGGCUCGGAGCUGCGAGCCCUGAAAGGCCAUUCCAGUUCGGUUUUCUCAGUGGCCUUCUCACCGGACGGCCAGAGGAUCGUGUCAGGAUCUCGCGAUGACACCAUCAAGCUCUGGGAUGCUCAGACCGGCUCGGAGCUGCGAGCCCUGGAAGGCCAUUCCAGUUGGGUGAACUCAGUGGCCUUCUCGCCGGACGGCCAGAGGAUCGUGUCAGGAUCUGGUGACAAGACUAUUAAGCUUUGGGAUGCUCAGACCGGCUCGGAGCUGCGAACCCUCGAAGGCCAUUCCAGUUCGGUUUUGUCAGUGGCCUUCUCGCCGGACGGCCAGAGGAUCGUGUCUGGAUCUGGUAAUGAUAUUAUCAAGCUCUGGGAUGCUCAGAUCGGCUCGGAGCUGCGAACCCUGGAAGGCCAUUCCAGUUGGGUAAGGUCAGUGGCUUUCUCACCGGACGGCCAGAGGAUCGUAUCUGGAUCUGGUGACAAGACCAUCAAGCUCUGGGAUGCUCAGACCGGCUUAGAGCUGCGAACCCUGGAAGGCCAUUCCAGUUCGGUAAACUCAGUGACCUUCUCACCGGACGGCCAGAGGAUCGUGUCAGGAUCUAGUGAUGACACCAUCAAGCUCUGGGAUGCUCAGACCGGCUCAGAGCUGCAAACCCUCGAGGGCCAUUCCGCUUCGGUGAACUCAGUGGCCUUCUCGCCGGACGGCCAGAGGAUCGUGUCUGGAUCUGGUGACAAGACCAUCAAGCUCUGGGAUGCUCAGACCGGCUCGGAGCUGCGAACCCUAGAAGGCCAUUCCGUUUCGAUUUCAAAUGUCUCAUCAGGUAAUACCCAGUUGGAGCACGAACAAGGCUCGCGGAUAUCAGUUGAAGAUUCUUGGGUAAGGAUUAUCCACGGCCGAGCCGUCCACAUGGUCGUCCCGUCCACUUCCCCCGCAACCAUCAUGAAUUUGAAGUUUUACGACUAA